CCUUCGUGACGCUGGAAACUCACAAGCCUAUAAAAUGUGCCUUGGCUCCUUCGGCAAAAUCAAAAGCAAGAGGUGGCUGUACACAGGAGAAGUAGGAUGCUGUUCUGCCCUGAGGUAGCUCUCCUGACUUGGCUGGUACAGCACUUGUAACAGUUUGAGCAGCAUAGUCAAAGCUUUUUUCUGACAGAUCUGCCCUGUACCUGCUGUGCUGCCUUCCUUCCCCUUUUCUUCCUUCCCUCUUCUUAUCUGUUGGCGGGGAUUUUGGAGGGUUGGGAAAGGGAGGUAGGAGAGUCACAUCAUUCCUGGAAGAGAGGAGAGGAACAUCCAAGAUGACUUCUGUCCCCACAGCCAACUGGAACAUGAGCAUGAGCAGCAGGGGGAACGUGAGCCUUGCUGCAGCAAGUGAUGCCUGGGGACAGGCACUGGGAGCACCAGCUGGAAAUGCUUCUCCCCCCAUAGCAUCCUCACCAAGCAACUUCUCCAAUCAGUUUGUACAACCCUCUUGGCGCAUUGCCCUGUGGUCUCUGGCUUAUGGUGGUGUGGUGGCAGUGGCUGUUUUCGGAAAUCUCAUUGUCAUCUGGAUUAUCCUGGCUCACAAGCGCAUGAGGACAGUGACAAACUACUUCCUGGUGAAUCUGGCCUUCUCUGAUGCCUCCAUGGCUGCUUUCAAUACCCUCAUCAACUUCAUCUAUGCGCUGCACAGUGAGUGGUACUUCGGAGAGGCUUACUGCCGCUUCCACAACUUCUUCCCAAUCACAGCUGUCUUCGCCAGCAUCUACUCCAUGACAGCAAUAGCUGUGGACAGAUACAUGGCCAUUAUUGAUCCCUUGAAACCUAGGCUCUCUGCAACUGCUACCAAGGUGGUCAUUGGGAGCAUAUGGAUUUUGGCUUUCCUGUUGGCCUUUCCCCAGUGCCUAUACUCCAUAACCAAGGUGAUGCCUGGGAGAACUCUUUGCUAUGUAGCAUGGCCAGGUGGUCCAAAACAGCAUUUUACGUAUCAUAUCAUUGUGAUUGUGCUGGUCUACUGCUUUCCACUGCUUGUCAUGGGCGUCACUUAUUCCAUGGUGGGAAUUACCCUCUGGGGAGGAGAAAUACCAGGUGACACAUCCAACAAAUAUCACGAGCAGCUCAAAGCUAAAAGAAAGGUGGUAAAAAUGAUGAUUGUGGUUGUGCUGACAUUUGCCAUCUGCUGGCUGCCCUACCACAUUUACUUCAUAGUCACUGGUAUCUAUCAACAAUUAAACCGGUGGAAAUACAUUCAGCAAAUCUAUUUAGCCAGCUUUUGGCUUGCCAUGAGCUCUACAAUGUACAAUCCCAUUAUCUACUGCUGUCUUAAUAAGAGGUUCCGAGCUGGCUUCAAGCGAGCUUUCCGCUGGUGCCCCUUCAUUGAAUUGUCCAGCUAUGAGGAGCUAGAGCUCAAGGCAGCCCGGUUCCACCCCACCCGGCAAAGCAGCCUAUAUGCUGUGUCCAGAAUGGAGUCCAGCAUGACAGUGGUGUUUGACACUAACGAUGGAGACAGCACGCAUGCCAGCCACAAGAAAAGAGCACCUCCGAGGGACUUGAAUUUUAAUGGUUAUUCACAGAGGAAUUCCAAGACCGUCUCCACAGCCUCAAGUCUCAUCAGUUCACUGCACACUUCAGCAGAUGUUUAUUCCUAAACAUUUCAUGGUGGCAGCUGCUAGAAGGACAGCACUGGACAAUCGUCUCCUACUUUGGGACUAGAUAUUCAUACCACGGGAAAGCAAAACAGAUUCCGCUGACAAAUCCCAGCUAUAAAUGUUGUGACACUUUUAUGUAUCACUUACUUUUUUGCUUUGGAGAGAAAGAGGAAUUCGAAGACAUGCAUAUGCCUCAGUCCAAAAGCACAAUUGCACCUUAUACACAACAAUGUCUGUAGGGCUUAUCCAAAAUAAGCCAACGGCAUAAAAAACAUUGUUUCAGUUGCAUCUGACCUGUGGCAUUUAUGUCUCACUUACUGAAGUGUAACUGGCCUCUUUACUUAUUGAAGCUGAAAUGUACGAUGUUUUCUAUUAUGAGUGUAUUAAUUCUACAGUAACAAAAUUACAUGAGAUUUGAUAAAAAAUGUCUAAUGAGCCCCAAGUCUAUUAAAUUUACAGUUUAGCCCCAUUCCCAGGCAAAUAGACAAAAUGCAAGCAAAUGAAGUUCAGCUCUGUCUGCAACAGUACAAUUUUUCAAAUAUAUAAGAAAAAUGUUUUUAUUAAACAUGAGAGCAUGACCAAAAGACUAAGUUAAAUUCUACCAAAGUUUCCAUAUUUUUGAACAUUAUACUCCAAUGGAAUGUGUACUUCCAGUAGGAUGUACUGCUUUGAUAAAUGUCCUCUAGCUUUGUAUCUCAGUGUUAAGUGUAAGGUCUGCCUCCAGCCACCUUAACAGAACCUACCUGAUUGACUUGAGAAAGGCCAAAAGGUUUUAAACUGGAGAUUCAUAUAUAAGAAAAAUACCACUGUGGCAAUGGACUCUUCUCUGCAGAAGAUAAAGUAACAUGUUUCAGUAUGAGAAACCUUCACCAGGAAAAAAAAAUAUUUGGGCUAUUUUCACAAAUUUUCCAUAGGUUGAUGUAUGUAAAAAUACUCCUCUGCCUGCAUCUGAAAACAUGCUAGGCAUUAUUACCUAGACACUUUCCCAUCGAAUUCAGCCAAAAUCCACUGACCAUCAGUGGAUUUUGCAAAGUGCAAAGAAAGCUGAAUGUAAUAAAAAAGGGACCAGAGAGCAAACUUUGUUUUAGUUAAAUGACUGUGUCAGUUGCCUGGAUAAGCUGGUUGUGUGAUUGUUUGUUCUCAAGCAGUUAAUCAAAACAUAAGCAGAUGAGUGUGAAUGUCUUCCUGCAUUAGCCAAACCAGCACAGGGCAGUAAGAUCUGGCUGAACCCAACACAGUACCAAAGCUGAGCAACUAACAAAGAGAAGUUUGAAGAGAGAAAGGCUGGAGCUGGCUUUAGUUCACACUCCUUCUCAGUGACUGGGGAUGAUCAGCAUUGUGACAGUGAGCAUAUCAUAAGAGACCAGUAACAAGAAUCAUGUUUGUAUUGUGAUUCAUCUGUAUCGUCAAUUGCUAUAUUCUGCUAAGUGUAAUUUGUAUUUGUAUUGUGAUUUCAGUGCACUGUGGUAUCACUUACUAAAUCAAAAUCCUGCAAAAGGUAAAAUAUCCUCAAAUAUGUGAACGUGGUACAUUAAACCCUCCCUGCAUGGAAUAACUGAAGAACCUGGUCACAGAGUAUUGUACUCUGAUAAAAAUGUAUCACAAUUCCAGACUCACACUUUUCCUAUCCAAGGCCUGAUCUUAAAUCCACUGAAGCAAAGAGCUUUGCUCACUUAUGACUUUCCUUUUAAAUGUACAUCCAUGCUUUUAAACAGUCUGUGUUCCCAAAAGAAACAGCUGGUUUUCAUCAUGCCAUUGUUGUACUUUCACUUUUCCUUUCUUCUUUUUUUAAGUGUGUAGUAAUCCAGCGAGUGUCAUGCAAUGCCUAUAAAAUAUUUUUUAAUUUUUUUUCCCCUUAAUUAAUCUGCUUUAAGUACUUAAAAACCUUCACAAGGUGUUUAACAACUCUGUUGAGAAGAUCCAGGAUAGGCACACACACAGAAAAAAAUGACCCUAAGCAUAUUAACCUGGUGGUGAUGUAUUAUAAAUGCAUGCUGUGAAAUCCUCUGUCUGCUCAUGCACAACUUUUGAGGAACAUACAUAGAGAAAAUGUAUACUUGUUAAAUAAUCUGUCUUUUCUAACUAUGGCUAUUACAAAUUCAGUGUUGACAAACAUCAAUACAAGUUUGAACAAUAUAAGUUUGUAGUGAGAUGAAUUUAUUGGUUUUAAAUGUAGAGUAUAAGUUUGAAAAAGCUGUAUAUAACACUACAGCAUCAUAAAUCAUCUUCAUAUAACUUUUGUGA